AGGUAGAGCCAACAGCCACUAUUUUGGACAUUAAGUCUAUGUUUCACAAAUCAAAUCCACACUGGUAUCCUGCCAGACAGUCUUUACGCCUGGACCCAAAAGGAAAACCCUUAAGAGAUGAGGAAAUCCUUCAAGAGCUCCCAGUGGGAACCACCGCAACCUUCUACUUCAGAGACCUGGGAGCCCAGAUUUCCUGGGGAACUGUGUUCCUAAUCGAGUGCAUUGGACCACUUGUCAUAUAUCUGCUGUUUUAUUUUCGACUGCCUUUAAUCUACGCUCCCAAGUACGAGUUCACCGCCAGUAAGCAUUUGGUUGUUCCUAUUGCCUGUGUGUGUCAUUCCUUCCACUACAUGAAGCGAAUCGUGGAGACGUUGUUCGUCCAUCGCUUAUCCCACAGCACCAUGCCACUGCGCAACAUUUUCAAAAACUGUUCCUAUCACUGGUGCUUUGCGGCAUGGAUGGCUUAUUACAUCAAUCACCCUCUUUACACACCGCCAUAUUAUGGGGAGAAGCAGGUGAAGGCAGCGCUGGCUAUCUUUCUAUUCUGUCAACUUGGCAGCUUCUCGAUUCACAUGGCUCUGCGUAAUCUCAAACUACCUAGUUGCAAGAUUAAGAAGAUUCCUUAUCCAACCAAGAAUCCAUUUACAUGGAUAUUUGCACUUGUUUCAUGCCCAAAUUACACAUAUGAGCUGGGAUCUUGGCUCGGAUUCACACUCAUGACCCAGUGUGUCCCUGUGUUGUUCUUCACUGUGGUGGGAUUCAUACAGAUGACCGUUUGGGCCAAAGGAAAGCAUCGCAGCUACCUGAAGGAGUUCAAAGAGUAUCCCACACUGCGCUCCCCUAUCCUACCAUUCAUCCUGUAGCAGGAAAAUACAACACUAAAAAUAAGAUCAACAGAACAAAUAUAAGUCAGUGUUUUACUAGUUUAUAUAUAUAUAAAGCAAGUCUUAAUAUAUAUUAAUGUAUGAAAUAACCAUAGUAAAUUAUGAUACUGUAAUGCACUUGUCAAGUAAAGCCAUUCUAUUUUAAUAA